UUGCUUGGUUCCAGGAAACAAAUCUCAAUAAUGGGUUGUUACAUAGAAAUAGAUUUUGCCUAAAUAUAAGAAAAUAUUUCCUAAUAAUAAAAUGCUCAAAGGUGUAAAGAACUGCUUCACAUGGAAAUAGGAUCCUCAUUACUGAAGUCUUUAUUUGGAGACCGAAUGACCACUUCUUAGGGAUAUGGUAAAGGGGAUCCAUAUCUUGGGUUCUAGCCAGAUGUAGACUAGAUGCCUGGGAAUUUUCAGAAUCCAUGAUUCUAUGAUAAUUCUGUUUUUCUCAUAUCUCUUUCUGGAAUAGUCUCCAUGCUGCAUUCAAACCACAGCACAGUGUCCGAGUUCAUCCUGAUUGGCUUUUCCACAUUCCCUCGGCUUCAGCUGAUGUUCUUUGUGCUCUUUCUGCUAAUGUAUUUGUUCACACUGCUGGGCAAUCUUCUCAUUAUGCAGACCAUCUGGAGUGAGAGGAACCUCCACACACCUAUGUAUUUCUUCUUAUGUGCACUCUCAGUCUCAGAAAUCUUCUACACUUUUGCCAUUAUCCCACGACUACUCACAGACCUUCUAUCUACUCAACAUGUCAUCUCCUUCCUGGGCUGUGCCAACCAAAUGUUCUUCUCUUUCACAUUUGGGUUCACUCACUCUUUCCUGCUCACAGUCAUGGGUUAUGAUCGCUAUGUGGCUAUCUGCUACCCUCUUCGCUACAAUGUGCUCAUGAGCCCACAAGGCUGUACCUGGUUGGUGGCCUCCUCUUGGUUUGCUGGUAUAAUCAUGGGACUGGUUGUUACACUUGCUAUUUUCCACUUGAAUUUUUGUGGGCCCAAUGAAAUCCACCAUUUUACCUGCCAUGUACCUCCCUUAGUGAAGCUUGCUUGUGGGGAUAUUUGGGGUGUGGCUAUGGGAGUGGGGAUUGUCUGUAUCACAGCCCUAUUGGGCUGCUUCCUCCUUAUCCUCAUUUCCUAUGCUUUCAUUGUGGCCACCAUUUUGAGAAUUCCUUCAGCUGAAGGACGACAAAAGGCCUUUUCUACCUGUGCCUCUCACCUCACUGUGGUUGUGGUACACUAUGGCUUUGCUUCUGUUAUCUAUCUAAAGCCCAAGGCCCCAGAAUCAUUUGAAGGAGACACCCUGAUGGGUAUCACUUAUACUAUUCUUACUCCCUUCUUGAGUCCUAUCAUCUUUAGUCUGAGGAACAAAGAAUUGAAGAAUGCUAUAAAUAAAGUCUUCUUAAGCAUUUUCUUCCCUCAAAAGCUGUAG